AUGGUUUGCAACUACGUCUGCGUGAAUCUCGCAUUCGUUGUCUUCUCGGCAGCUUUGAUUUCUCGCUGUUUCGGAUUUACGGAUCCCGCUGAUGUGACAGCUCUCCAGGAUCUAUACAGGACCUUAAACAACCCUCUAGCGCUGAAAGGAUGGAACGGUAAUGAUCCUUGUGAGGAAUCUUGGACGGGAAUUGCAUGUUCCGGGUCAUCAGUUAUACACAUCCAAAUUCAACGACUAAACCUUACCGGGCAUCUUGGAAGCUUGCUCAAUAAUCUACAAAACUUAAAGCAACUUGAUGUCAGUUUUAACAACAUACUUGGGGAAAUCCCUCAGGGUUUACCUCCAAAUGCAACACAUUUAAAUAUGGCUUGCAACUAUUUCAGCGAAAAUAUCCCCCAUUCGUUGUCAACCAUGACAAAACUAGCACACCUGAAUUUAAGCCACAAUUUCUUGUAUGGACCCAUUGGCAACGUGUUUACUGGCUUAUAUAAUCUCAGAGAAAUGGACCUUUCGUACAAUAAUUUCACCGGUGAUCUGCCAAGUUCAUUUGGUUCCUUGACAACCCUGGAUAGAUUAUUUCUGCAGAACAACAGAUUCACCGGAUCAGUCACCUACCUGGCUGAGCUUCCACUCACUGAUUUGAACAUUCAAGACAAUCUGUUUAGCGGCCUACUUCCGCCGCAUUUUCAGUCCAUACCAAACUUAUGGAUUGGAGGGAAUAAGUUCCAAACCGUGGACAACUCUCCUCCCUGGGCAUUUCCCUUGGACAACGUACCCCUUGAGCAAAAUACUAGUCGCCCACCCAUAACUCAGGCAAAUGCCAUCGAGAACUACGCUCCUAUUAAGUUCUGUAAAUCCGUUUCAAUCUUUGAUCGUGCUUUUCUUUUUGUCUCCACUUUUACAGAAGAUUCUACUACGGCAAUAGACGAGAGCCUACAAAUCCCACCUUAUAAUGCUGCAUCCGUUUUGGGUCCAAAGCGAUUAACUUCCCAACCCCAUAAAAGAACUGGGGAAACAUCAAGAAAAAGCUUUUCCGGAAGAGACAGAUUCAAUGGAAGGAUAAAGGUUUAUACGGUAGCGGAGGUUCAGUUGGUUACAAACAGUUUCCAUGAAGAAAACCUUCUGGGAGAAGGAUCGCUUGGUCCUGUUUAUAGAGCUGAAUUUCCAAAUAACAAGGUUUUGGCUGUGAAGAAUAUCAACAUGGCGGGCAUGUCUUUCAGUGAAGAGGAAAAGUUCUUAGAUGUCGUGAGCACGGCUUCCCGUUUGAAGCACCCUAACAUUGUUUCACUUAAAGGCUACUGUUUGGAGCAUGGACAACAUCUUCUUGUCUUUGAGUAUGUCAGAAAUUUAACUCUAGAUGAUGCUCUUCAUAGUACAGCAUACAAGCCUUUAUCGUGGGGCACACGUCUCCGGAUCGCUCUAGGUGUUGGUCGGGCCCUGGACUAUUUGCACUCGACGUUCUCCCCUCCUGUCGCCCAUGGCAAAUUAAAGGCUACCAAUGUUCUACUGGACGAAAACCUCAUGCCUUGUGUUACUGACUGUGGCUUGGCUAUUCUGAGACCACUGAUAAGCAGUAAAGCCAAAAACCGGGCUUCCGAGAUUGAUAUUAGAGAUACAGGAUACAGUUCACCUGACCAUGGCCAACCAGGAGUUGGCAGCACGAAGAGCGACAUCUUUGCCUUUGGCGUGUUGCUUCUUGAACUAUUAACAGGAAGAAAACCUUUCGAUGGUUCCAGGCCAAGGGAAGAGCACUAUCUGGCAAAGUGGGCUUCAUCAAGACUGCAUGAUAGUGACAGUUUGGAACAGAUGGUGGAUCCAGCAAUCAAACGGACAUUUUCAUCCAAGGCUCUUUCUCGUUAUGCUGAUAUCAUCUCCCUCUGCAUUCAGCCAGUGAAGCAAUUUCGACCUCCAAUGUCUGAAAUCGUAGACAAUCUUGUAUCAUUUUCUCAAAAGCUUGUUUCAGAGAGUGGUGAAGCAGAUGAAACUGAACUUGAUCCACUUGACAUGUCUUUUCACACAACUAUCUCCCGCUUUAACGGUUCACCUGCUCUGAGCUAUGUAUCCGCCUGAUGUGCUAACUGGUUCGCAUUUUAAAACGUUCUCUUCUUUUUAUCUCCUUUGGCUUAUAAGGCGCAAAGUUUUAAUUCCUUCGACGUGACAAAAAAAAACUCAAUGGAUGAA